CCCUGUCCCCCUACCCUCUCCCACUCUAUCGCGAGAGACGAGCUGGGACAGGAGACAGAAAUAGUCAUAUUUUAGCAACAACAACUGUUAUAAAAUAAUAAUAAAACGAGUACGGUUUUAUGAACGACAAAAACGCAACCCGUUGUUGACAAACGUAAAUGUAUAUUAGAUGAGAGGGAUAUAACAAAUACUAUCCAUGGCAACGCUGACUUGUUUCCAAUAUUCUUGAUUGUUGGCUAAUAGCUAACGUGCUAUUAGCUGAGGACCGAUUUAAGAAUAGCGACCUGGCUAAUAACGCUGUUGUCUUGUUAGCUAAUACCAUUCCCUCUAGCCCGCUAAACUGGAUUUUUGAAAGAGAUUACACAUUUGAAAGCUCUAUACGGUGUAUAAAUACAAAAAAGGUUGUAGCUGGUCGGAGCUGGACCCUAGCUGGACUUGGCGUCGGGAGGCUGAGGCCGGUGUGUGUGUGUGUGUGAGUGUGUGUGUGUCUCCCAUGCAGUGGCGGGAAUGCUGCUCUCCUCCCAUGGGUGUGUGUGCUGGCCAGCGUGCUGGAGCUGAGUGCCUGUGUGUGUGUGUGUGUGUGUAUGUGUAUGUUGGUGUGUGUGUGCGUGUGUGUAAAUGGGGGAAGCUUGUGCCUCUACCUGCGGACUGCUGAACUGCAUACCCACCUGGCCUGCGUGAGAAGCCACACCCACAACACAAACCAGCCAAUGAGAAGAGCCCCCUUUGACAUCACACAGGGCUCCCACCUGCCCCCUGCUCCACUGAGCCGUCAGUCAACCCAGCGAGCCAAUCAGCUGCUCCCGUCAUGAACGGCUCCCUCCUGACCCCGCCCAGCCCCCGGGCCACCUCUAACUCCUCCCCCCUGCCCCCCUCGCCAUCUCCGUCACCCUCGCCGCCUUCGCCUUCCCUGCUGGCCCUGUCGCCGCGGUUACCGCCGCUGCCGCCGCCCGUGGCCAGCGCCUCGUCGGAGACGCCCACCCCUUCGCCCUCGCCGUGCCUGCUGCCCCUGUCACCGCGGUUGCCGUCGGAGACGCCCACCCCUUCGCCCUCGCCGCGCCUCAGCUGGACGGACUUCUGCGAGCUGCACGCGCGGGCGGCGGCGGGGGACUUCGCGCGCCACUUCCGGGCCUUCCUGCAGGAGAACCCGCACUACCCUGCCGAGUCGUCCGCGCCCGCCUUCUGCCGCCGCUUCACCGACCGCUUUGUGCGCCACUUCCAGAGCGAGCUGCAGACCGGCGCCGGCCAGUCGGACGACCUCCUCGCCGGCUGGGUGGGCCAAUCGGACGCCACCACGUCGUCUCUGGAGGAGGAUGUGUCGUCUCCGCUCCCGGCCCUGGCGUCGGAGGCCACACCCCCCGCCGACCCCCAGGCCCCACCCACACCGCCGUCAGCGCGAGGAGGGGGAGGAGCCGAGUGUGGCGACGUGUACGGACACACACACACACACAUCCCGCCCCCCCCCUCCUCCUCCUCCUCCUGCUCCUCCUCCGUGGGCGGGAACAACGGCCGGCGGGAGGACCGGGGCGGCACCGGGGUGCCCAGACAGUCGCCUGGCAACAACGCGCCCGGCAACGCGCCUGGCAACGCGCCCGGCAACGCGCCCGGCAACGGAGAUGUGGAGGAGGAGGAUGAGGACAGCUGGGCGGGGGGGGCAGUGGGGGAGGAGGCGGAGCCUGACGACACGAGGAGGGAGGGGCCAGAGGAGGAUGAGUUCUGUUGUCCCGACGACGGCCCCAGCGCGGACACCACCCCGUCGUCCCUGGCGACCACGCCCACCUCCAUGGCCAGCGCGGGCAGCGCGGCGGUCUCCAAGGGCAACGGCGCGUCCAAGGGGCGGCUGAAGAAGCGCUUCUCGCUGCGCAGCGUUGGCCGGAGCGUGAGGGGCAGCGUGCGGGGCAUCCUGCACUGGCGCAGCGGCUCGGCCGACGCCCCCUCCCCCUCGUCCGCGUCCGCCCCCCCACUGACCUCCAGCUGCAGCUACUCGGCCGGCCUGCAGGAGGCGCCCAAGCGCGGUGGGGGGGGUGGUGGAGGUCCGGCGGGCUCUCUGCCGGUGUCGCUCUCGCUGCCGUUGGCAACCACGCUGCUGCCGCACUCGUCCUCGUCCUCGCUGCCGCCCUCGUCCUCGUCCAGCGCCACCUCCCUCUCGCUGGCCGACCCUCGCGACCCCAGCCGGCGCCGUAGCAACGGCGAGAGCGAGAAGGAGAAGUGGAGCUCCCGGCUGGAGAAGCUCCGCCUCUCACGCUCUCCGCCCCCGCUGGUGUCGGCUGCAGGCCACGCCCCCGCCUCUCUUUCCCACAAUGCAACACUCUCCUCCGGCGCCGCCUCCUCCGGCCUCAGGGUUAGCAGGCUAGUGCGCGAGGGCGGGGUCACGGUGAACUCCUCCUCCUUUGACCAGCUCCCCGCCUCCCAGAGCUUCAGCUUCUCCUUCGGUCUGCUUCACCAUGGCAACGACAGCUCUGCGCCCAGCGCUGGCGCCGCCCCCCAGACGCUGCCCGUAGGGAGGGGCUCUCGCUGGCACAAGUGCCGCCUGGCGCUGCGCGAACGAGACAAGGAGGGCACGCAGAGGGGCGAAGAGCACUUCCUGGAGUUCUACAUCCCUCCCAAGUCCUCCAAGCCGCGUCUGACUGUCCCAUGCUGCUCCAUUCUGGAACUGAGGAGCACCACAGCGUUAGAGGUGCCAGACAAGGAGAACACCCUCCUAAUGCAGCUGGAGGGUUCGGUGCAGGUUGUCAUAGAGACCAGAGAUGCUGUGCAGAUGAGAGCCUGGCUGAGUGACAUCAGGAACGGCAUCUGCCUGAGCGAGCAAGAUGAUGUCGAGGGUGUGUGUGGUGCCGGCCAGACUGAAAUCAGUGGAACGCCAGAGUUCAGCGACCGCUUCAGUCAAGUCUGCUAUGGAGGUGUUGGCGGCUCUCCUCUCAUGGACCCCCUCCCUCCUGAGUUGCCGCCCCGAGCUCCUCUCGACGAAUCAGAAGGCCGUCUAAUGGGUGGAGGCGGAGCUAGCCUCGGCACACCUUUCGCAGAGACUCCAGAUGCCACAGGUUCCUUCCUGUUCUCCGAGGGCGUCUCUGAGAUAGAACAUCCCCUGAGCGAGUGCCAGUGGUUCCACGGGACGCUGUCCCGUCUCAAGGCGGCUCAGCUGGUGCUGGCGGGGGGCGUGGCCUCACAUGGCGUCUUCCUGGUUCGGCAGAGUGAGACACGGCGCGGGGAGUACGUCCUCACCUUCAACUUCCAGGGCAAAGCCAAGCACUUGCGUCUGUCUCUGAACGAGGACGGUCAGUGUCGCGUGCAGCACCUGUGGUUCCAGUCCAUCUUCGACAUGCUGGAACACUUCCGCGUCCACCCCAUCCCCCUGGAGUCCGGCGGCGCCUCCGACGUCACGCUCAUCAGCUUCGUGGGGGCCACAGCCGUCAGGCAGCCAGACUUGAGACCCCGUAGUCCCCCUCAGCCGCCGCCUCCUCCCUUGCCCCCGUGUCGUCCGGCACCGCCCACUCCGCCCCAGGAGCCAAUCAGUGAGGAGGGGGGCGUGUCUGGGGCAGCGGGGGGCGGGGACGCUGGAGGAGUGUGAGGAGCGAGAGAGGGAUGCAGAGAGAGACAGGAGAGAGGGAGAGAGAGUGAGAGUGUGUGAGGAGCGGGAGAGAGAGGGAGAGAGAGAAAGGGAGAGAGAGAGAGAGAGCCUUCGGCAGCUGGAGCCUGUGGAGGGAGAAGAGCGCGAAGGAGGACGCGCCCGCGCCAUCGAAAACCAGUACCAGUUCUUCUGAAGGGGGGAUAGAGAGAGAGAGAGGGAGAGAGAGGGAGGACGUGCCAUCGAAAACCAGUACCAGUUCUUCUGAAGGGGGGAUAGAGAGAGAGAGAGGGAGAGGGAGGACGUGCCAUCGAAAACCAGUACCAGUUCUUCUGAAGGGGGGAUAGAGAGAGAGAGAGGGAGAGAGAGGGAGGACGUGCCAUCGAAAACCAGUACCAGUUCUUCUGAAGGGGGGAUAGAGAGAGAGAGAGGGAGAGAGAGAGGCGGAGCCUGAGCCUGUGCCAUCUUCUGAGUGGAGCGAGAGAUGGAGUGAGAGAUGGAGGUCGUGCACGUGCCAUAGACAACCAGAUCUCCUGAUGGACAGAUGGAGAGAGAAAGAGAUGGAGAGGUGGAUGACUGAAAAAGAAGGGUGAACUGGAGUGGCUCAUCCUGAAGCAGUAUUUUAAAUCAUUUUAAAGAAACAUACUUACUAACACCACACCACACCACACCAAGAGGGAGAGGGAGGGAGGGAGGGAGAGAGAGAGAAGGAGGGAGAGGGGGAGAAUAUAUAGGAAACAUCAGGACACAACAGCACUAAGCAAGAAAGUCAGAGAAAUUACACUACAACUUAAGUCUGACACACACACACACACACACACACACACCUCAAUUUCAGAAAAAGGUACACACAGCAAUUCCUAUGGAUAAGAAACUUUAGCACACACACACACACCUCAACUUCAGAAAACGGUACACACUGCAAUUCCUAUGGAUAAGAAACUUUAGCGCACACACACACUCCUCAAUUUGAGAAAACGGUACACACUGCAAUCCCUUUUGAUAAGAAACGUUAAGACAUGCACAUGCACACACACACACACACUGGUUUGACAGUAUCUGGUAAAGCUCUCCAAGAUGAGACAUAAGUACACACACACACACACACGUAAUGUUACUAUACCUCAGAGUCCUGCACUGAGACAGACACACACACACACACACCAAGCAGAGGCCAGGGUACAGUCUCUUUCCCACCCUGCUUACCUCUCUCUCUCUUCUCUCUCUCCUCUCUCUCUGCAUACCUGUCUCUCUCUCUCUCUCUCUUCUCUCUCUCUCUCUCUCUCUCUCUCUCUCUUCUCUCUCUC